UUGUUCACGACACUGGGAUGGCAAAAAACAGCAGAACAGCAUAUAUUGACAUCUCAGAAAACGGGAACAUUAUCGCAGAUCAUUCUGGAAGAAAUGUUACAUAAGGGUUGAAUUGACUCAGCGCCUUACUAUAAUUAUUGAAAAUGUGGCAGGGCAGUGGAUACUUCUAGAAACUAUAAGGCUCCCCCGUGAGGGUCAAUGGUUUCUAGAGUAGAAGUAGGCAGUGGAGUGAAGUGACGAACAACAUCAAGUACCUUUACCUUUUAGAAUUAUACCAGAAGUAAGUUUAUAACUGAUAUUUUUACUAGACUGUGGUAUCGAGGUUUCGUGACACAAACAUUUACAACAGAACACUUUCAUGUUUUUUACCAAGUCGUCCAUGUAGCCUUAAAUGAAGAUGGUAAGACAUCAAACUCCACGUAGAGACACAGUCUCCAACUCGCCUUUACAUCAAUCAGCAUAUAUUGGCGACUACAUCAAUAUCCAAUCAAUUCUUGCCAUCCCUGAGAAUCGAAAGAACAUCAACCAAUUAAACCAUCUUGGUUGCUCACCGCUCCGUCUCGCUGCAACAUCAGGCGAGGAAGCCUGUGUCAUUUUUCUCAUCGCAUUAGGAGCAGAUGUGAAUAUCCCCGACAUCAAAGGACAAACUCCGCUAUUUGUUGCCGUCAAAAACAACCACCCAAGGUGUGUUGAGGCUCUGCUAAGCAAGAGUGCAGACCCGAAUGGCAGUCCAAAGUGUCUGAGCACCCCAGUUUACAUCGCUGCUAUGCAGGGACUUGACGAGUGCUUAGAGCUACUGCUACAAGCUGGAGCUGACGUUAACUGUUCCUUAACAAAGGGACAGUGGGGAAACAACACUCCUCUUCAAGUGAGCUUCACCUACCGUCACCAGAAAUGCUUUCGUAUGCUCCUGUUCGGAGGAGCAGAUCCAAACUGCCGACUCACCGAUAAGGACUUGGAGUCUAACCCAUCUCUGUUAGAUGCUGCUAUUCACUGGGGUGAUAUUUAUUUUGUGAAGUUGUUGUUUGAGUUUGGAGGAAAGAUGACAAACAACAGCAGGAGAUGGAAAUCCAAAUGUUUUGAUCAAAAUCUGAGGUCGGAGGAGAACCGUGAACUUGAUGCUUACGUCACCUACAUGAAAACACCUCGCAGCCUCGAGACCCUCUGUCGUUCAGCGAUCCGUAGCAGCCUAGGUGUCAAAAGACUCUCUUCACUCAAUGAACUACCGCUGCCUGCUACUCUGAGAAAAUAUCUGCAACAUUCUGCAUCAUGAAGUGUCUCCACAUGGGUCACUGUAGUUAGACCGCUCGACUUGCAAUCAUAAGGUUGCGAGUUUGAAUCCUAUCAAGCUAUACAAUUAUUGCACCAAUGACUAGAAUAAGUAUUGACGUCUAUGUUCUGAAUCUUAAUUUCUUGAUGUGUGCAAUUCAUAAUUGUAGAUUAUUAGGUGUUGCCAGCUAAGUGUUUAUAUCCCCUUGUGGGAGUUUGCCGAGUCCCUUUGACGGGAUGAUCUUCUAAACAUACAAACUAACCUUGUUAGCUUGUUAACCCUUCUUGAACCAGAGUGCUGGAACCUAAUGAUGUGGGUUCGAAUCCUACCAAAGUAACCGCUGAUUUCACAAUGAUUUGACUUCACAAAUAAUUAUUAAGGUAAUUCUUAAUUUUCUGAUGUGUGCAAUUCAUAAUAUAGACAUAGACAUUAUUAAACAGAUUAAAGCCCGGUUCAUACUUCCUGCUAAUGCAAUGCGAAUGUGACGUGACUUGAUGUCAAAACUCUGUUUUUGAUGCCAUAUUCGCAAGAGAGUUGAGCACAACUUAACUCACUGCGAAUUUUUGUAAUGACCGCAAAAAAGCACGACUGGCAAGUCUGCUGCCACCGAGUGUUCCCAAAAGUCUCCCAUUGGCUGUUACGGCUUUGCAGAUGGUUGGAUAGCACAUCAUCAUCACUUGGAAUGGCAGCAAGUCAUUAUUUGCAAGUCCAAGUCAAAUCACUAGUCAUAUUGGCCAGUCACAAGUCAAAUCACUAGUCAUAUUGGCCAGUCACAAGUCAAAUCACUAGUCAUAUUGGCCAGUCACAAGUCAAAUCACUAUUCAUUUGGCAAGUCACAAGUCAUAUUGGCCAGUCACAAGUCGAAUCACUAGUCAUAUUGGCAUCACAAGUCAAAUCACUAGUCAUAUUGGCCAGUCACAAGUCAAAUCACUAUUCAUUUGGCAAGUCACAAGUCAUAUUGGCCAGUCACAAGUCGAAUUACUAGUCAUAUUGGCGUCACAAGUCAAAUCACUAGUCAUAUUGGCCAGUCACAAAUCAAAUCACUAGUCAUAUUGGCCAGUCACAAGUCAAAUCACUAGUCAUAUUGGCCAGUCACAAGUCAAGCCACAAGUAAUUUGUUCGCAAGUCAAUGCCAUGCCACAAGUCAAGUGGUCUAAACUCACAGAGCAACUCACAAGUCAAGUCGCACAUUAUUUAGUGUAGCUUUAAUUUAAUAAGCAGUCGGGGCCAUGCAUCAACUUAAUGCACAAAUUAAGAGAUUUAUACUAUUGAAGUUGACUUGCUUGAAUUUGCACCUGUACUACAGUGUAUAUUGGCAAGUAUUUCUGCAGUGCCAUGUAUAAGCUAUCGUGUACCAAUUAAUGGUCACUGGUGUGUAGGUUAGUUUGAUUACCAGCAUGCAAUUUGAUGCAGGCCUACUUAUCAUUCAUGAAAUGUUCUUUUUGGAGUUUAAAUAUAUCCAUCAUUCCCUAUAUUAAUUUCUCUAAUUUGUAAUUUGUCUAUUUAUCCCAGUCAGAGCAUACUUCACGCGUGCCCAGUGCCCUUGCCUUGUCGAUGGCAGACAUGCAUCAAGGCAAUGGGCCUGAUCAAAAGGACUCAAUUUCAUAGGUCCGAGCCACAAGCCAAAUAAGGUCAAAUGAUGCAGUUGCGUAAAUCUUAAAAAUCAAUUAUGACAUAUAUUUAUUGAUCAAUAUUAUGACAUUAUUUACUUAUGACAUUAUUUAUUUUUUGUUAUUGAUAAAGAAAAGUUAUUGUAUUUCAAAAAAUAAACUAGACUUUAGUAUUUUUGUUAAAGAAAUGUUUUGAUGUUUUCACAACUUGGCCUUGUUACUUUAAGACCUUCUUGAACAAAAUUAUAGAAAUGUUUUUAACCCCUUGUGAUUGUAUCAGAUUUGAGCCCACAUCCAACGAAAAUGAUUUACCAAAUUUGAGCCCAGAAAUUUUGAAAAAAUCUGAUAAAAUUACAAGGGGUAAGGAUUUUUGUCAAAACUAGGCUAAAAUAUGAUCACAAGGGGUAAACCCUAGCAUUUUUGUCAUAACUGGGCAACAAUCUGAUAAGUAACAAGGGGUAGCCUUGCAUUUUUGUCAACAUUUUUGCCAAAAUCUGAUAAAUUCACAAGGGAUAAUAAAGCCUUAAUAA